AUGAUGGCAGACAAGUUGAACAACGCACGUGCCGUUCGAGUCACCGAGCUCUUGCGUGAUUAUGAAGCACUCCAGACUAAGCUUGCCUCUAUUCAAGCCAGCCCUCAGCCCGGCGAACACAAUCAGAUUGGCUAUACUACGCUCCAGCAAGCCAAAUCCGAAGCUCAUACCUUGCUAAACAAGCCAUUUUCCUCGGAAAUGCUGCACCCACCCACUGGAAAUGACGAGCAGGCAAAGAGGCAAUUGCAACGUAUCAUCCUCGAUGCUAGCGCACGCCGGUUCAAAGCUCAGCGAAUCUUCCUCAAAGCUGCCGCUGCGAAGAAGUGGAUUGAUGCGCGCAACGCACUUUUGAAAGGGCAGAAAGCAAUGAAUGACGAUAACUCUAAGAUGCAGCAGGUAUCUAGUGCCUUGAUGCAGGAAUUGAACAAUAUAACGGACCAACGUAUCUACAAUGCGUUUCGGCAAAAAGACCAGCAGAAGGAUUGCUGGCUGGUUGAUGAUCCAAGUCUGUCAGCCGUCCAGGGAUGGAUCCAGUCCCAUGGCUAA